CCGCUCGCACCAUGUCCACGAUCAGGCGCGGCGCAUCGCCGACUGCGCAUACCGAGGUUGGUCCGGGAUUGCAAGCCGGACUGGACGCUUCUGCGCCAAUUGAUACUGGACUGGAGACUUGGGAAGACCCCAUGCACACCCACGAGCGAACCCCUCUAUUGGAACAAGACAACGAAGAGUCGCUACCGGGGCAUGACCAUCGGGCUAACCCACCAAAUGAUGAUCCCGUCGCCCAGGGAGGUUUCUGGCAGACAUGGAGACGGCCAAGCAUCCUUUGGAUUCUUCCAUUUCUUGUCUUCUAUAUGCUAGGGAUCGGCGGCACUGCAGUGCCCAAAAUCAACCUGAUGAUGUCUCUCAUUUGCAGGGACUAUAUGGCGAACAAGGCGACCCAGGACCCGGGUUUCACGUAUCUGCCUGUCAUCAUUGGAAAUAAGAAUUCGCAGUGUCAGACACCCGAAGUCCAGUCAUUGCUUGCUCAGUUCCAGUUGUAUUUCAACCUCCUGGCCGGGAUACUAUCUGCACUAGCAUGCCCCAGACUCGGUCACCUAUCAGAUCGCUACGGUAGGACAAAGAUAUUGGCCCUCAACGCAUUGGGGACCAUUUUGAUGGAGGCUAUCUUUGUCUUUGUCUCAGCCAAGCCAGAUCUUGUGUCUGUGCAUGUGCUUCUACUGGCUGCCAUCGUCGAUGGCGUCUGUGGUUCUUUCACCACCAUCAUGGCACUGACAAUGUCGUAUGCCUCCGACUGCACCAUCCCAACGAAGCGGAGUGCGGCAUUCGGAUACGUAUACGGUUCUCUUUUCGCUGGAACCGCAGCUGGGCCUCUGCUGGCGGCUAUCUUGAUUAAGAAAACAGGCCAGGCACUGAGUACUUUUGAGGCCUCGUUGGCCCUGAAUGUUCUCUACCUCAUUGCAGUCAUAACCAUCAUCCCGGAAUCAUUAUCGACAGACCAGCAGCGGCAAGCGCGGGACAGUCAUCGAAGAAAAGUCAUCGACGAAGGGGAGGCAGGCUGGCUGAGCCUGGAGAACCUCAACCCCAAACGGCUAAUUACACCUUUGGCUGUUUUGCUACCGCCAGUAGGACGCCCCAGCACGCUUUUCCCCAAUCGUCACGGUGCGACCCCGGCUUUGCGCAGGAAUAUUAUUCUUCUUACAGCAAUGGAUACCAUUGCAUUCGGGGUAGCGUUGGGAACCGCUCAAGUGAUCAUCAUUUAUGCCGAGUACAAAUUUGACUGGGGCAAUGUGGAAUCAAGUCUCUUCAUAUCGAUUAUAAGCAUCGCCCGGGUCGUCAACCUUUUCGUUGUAUAUCCGAUCAUCAUCGCAAUCUUCCGUGAACCACCGAAACCAGAUCACAUCGUUCCCGGCUCCAGCACCUGCGAGAUUGUUAUUAUACGACUUUCGCUUUUCCUAGACAUGGUUGGCUAUGUGGGUUUUGCAAUGUCAUAUCAGGGUUCCAUCAUGGUAUUCUCGGGGAUCGUCAUGGCACUUGGCGGCAUGGGGAUACCGACAAUGCAAUCAUCUCUCACGAAACAUGUCCCUCGUGAACGGUUAGGUCAGAUACUUGGCACGAAAGGACUCUUGCAUGCUUUAGCUCGAGUGAUCUCUCCAACCGCUUGCAGCCUCCUUUACAGCCUGACGGUUGGAAAGUUCACUCCAGCGAUAUUUGUUGUCCUGGGGGCCUUGUUCUUGCUCACCUUCUGUACCAGUUUUUUCAUCAAACCACAUGUUACUCUUGACGACUCUUACCCAAAUAGUCCUCGAGGUGAGGCUAACGACGAAGGCUUUGUGGCGGAUCCUCUUCUCUAGUGAUGCUAGAAGUGGAGCCCAGCAGUUACUAUACUACACGCGUCCGCUGACCUGGGUUACGAUUAGACUGAUCUUCGUGACGAUUGGCGUAUAGAGUUGCUCAAAUAUAUGUGUGAUUACUG